GGUUCACAGUGUUUGCAAACAUGACCCAGUUCCUUAGAGUUUUAGGGCGACGGGCGCCACAGCGCGCCCUAAGUUUUAACGUAGUGCAUCAAAAUGGAUACAACUUUGACCUCAACGAAACCCAGAAGGAAUUUCAAGCGGUGGCCCGCAAGUUCGCCCGAGAAGAAAUCGCCCCGGUGGCCGCCUACCACGACAAAACCGCCGAAUACCCCAGCGAGAUUUUCAAAAAAGCGUGGUCUUUGGGACUUGUCAAUUUACGCAUUCCGAAACACUGCGGUGGUCUUGAGGAAAGUCUCUUCAAUUCGUGUCUAGUAGUAGAGGAGCUCUUCUGGGGUUGCUCUGGAAUAGCCACCGCUGUUAGUUCCGCCGGGCUGGGCGUAACACCUCUCGUAUUCGCUGGUACUAAAGACCAACAGAGGAAGUUUUUGCCGCGGCUACUCGAAGAACCGUUAACAACUGGCUACUGCGUCACCGAAUCGGGUACUGGCUCCGACGUGAACGGGGUUCAAACCAGAGCCGAGAAAAAGGGCGACGAGUAUGUACUCAAUGGGCAGAAAAUGUGGAUUACGAAUGGGGGAGUGGCUAACUGGUACUUCGUUCUCGCGAGGACCAAUCCAGACCCAAAGUGUCCCGCUAGUAAAGCUUUCACUGGGUUCAUAGUUGAAAGAGACACACCUGGUGUUAUCCCUGGCCGCAAGGAGCUAAACAUGGGUCAAAGGGCUUCUGACACGCGCGCAGUAACUUUUGAAGAUGUGCGAGUCCCUAAGGAGAACGUACUUUUGGGUGAGGGAGCCGGGUUUAAAAUUGCUAUGGGUGCUUUUGACCAGACCAGACCCCCGGUUGCUUGUAACGCUACAGGUGUUGCCCAAAGAUGCCUCGACGAAGCAACUAAGUACUCUUUGGAACGUAAAACUUUCGGAGUACCGAUUGCCCAACACCAAGCGAUCGCGUUUAUUCUGGCGGAUAUGGCCAUAGGUGUAGAGACGGCAAGGUUAAUUUGGAUGAAAGCAGCCUGGGAGUGUGACAAAGGGAUCAGCAAUAGCUACACUGCGUCUAUUGCUAAAGCCUACGCGUCUGAAGUAGCCAACAAGUGUGCUUCAGACGCAGUCCAGGUUUUCGGAGGCGCCGGAUUUAACAGCGAGUACCCUGUAGAAAAACUAAUGCGGGACGCCAAAAUCUUACAAAUUUAUGAAGGUACCACCCAAAUCCAGAAGAUGGUGAUUUCGAGGAAUAUCACAACGAAACAAACGGGUUGAUUUUUUUGUGUUGGAAAGUUGUCACAUCACGGGUCAAACUCCAGCAGAAACAUAACAUUGUUUAUCUUAUCUAUUCUUAGUGCGUUGAUUGUAUAAUAAAAGUGUUAACGUUU